AUGAGUAUUGUCAAUAUUACUAACAUCCGAGUUCUCAAUAAUCCAACUCUUUUUACCGAAGACUAUCAAUUUGAAAUUACUUUUGAAUGCAUUUCUCCACUACCAGACGACUUAGAAUGGAAAAUUAUCUACGUCGGCUCCUCAGAAAGUGACCAAUAUGAUCAAGUUCUUGAUUGCAUUAUGGUAGGACCCGUUCCAUCCGGAAUUAAUCAGUUUAUAUUCCAGGCACCUGCGCCAAAUCCUGAUCGGAUACCGCAAAGCGAAAUCUUGGACGUUACUGUUAUUAUCAUUACAUGUUCUUAUAAUGAUCAAGAAUUUGUUCGUGUUGGGUACUACGUAAAUAAUGAGUACAUUGAAGAAGAACUUCGGGAGAAUCCACCAGAGAGAGUUGUACUAGAUAAGUUAUAUAGAAAUAUUUUAGCUGAUAAGCCCAGGGUAACGAGAAGACCUAUUAAAUGGCAAUGUGGUUGA